AUGUCAAAGCGCAGGACAGGAAGUAUAAAAGCCCCACCCCAGGGCUCAGAAGCUGCCUGGUCGCUGGAGAAGCCAGAUGCUGGGGGUCUAGCUUCUGCUGGGGAGACUCCUGCAGUCUGUGACCGACCUGAGGACUGGCCAUACCAGUCAAGGCCUGAUGACGACCAGACCCCGGAGAAGCUGUUAAGCCUACCGGUGAGAAGCGACCCAGAGGAGCUGCCAAGCCUACCACUCGCCGAGUAUCCUGAGGAGCCCAUGGUGCUUGAUUCCGUGGAGGACACCGACCAGAGGCAGCUGCCCCGAGCCCGCCCGUGUGGACCGUACAAAGCCCGCGCCGCUGUCCGGGGACUGUCUUGCCCGGGAGGAGCCCGCGGCUACCAGGAAGGGACCAUGUACGUAGACCCGGAGGCUGCCGGCAAAGGAGUGCCCUCCCGCGAUGUCCUCCUGGUCUCAGCCAUCAUCACCGUCAGCCUUAGCGUCACCAUCGUCCUGUGCGGGAUCUGCCAGUGGUGCCAGCGCAAACUGGGUAAACGUUAUAAAAAUUCCCUGGAGACGGUGGGGACCCCCGAUUCCAGCCGAGGGCGCAGUGAAAAGAAAACCAUCAAUGAUCUAGACAGAGACUUUUGGAAUAACAAUGACAACACAGUGCAGCAGAAAUGGAGCUCCUACCCUCCCAAGGAGUUUAUACUAAACAUUUCACCUUACGCCCCAUACGGUGAUCCACGACUUUCCCUCAAUGGCUCUCUGCUGUCGGGCGCUAAGUUGGCCGCCUCUUCCGCUUCGGGGUUGGCGGGGGAGCGAGAAGGACGCCUGGGGGAGAAGCAGCAGCUCCAAGAGGACGGCAUGAAGAGCAGCCUGUCUGCCCACAGCGAGCCCAGCAAUGGGAAGGCGGGGAGAGGCCGAUGGCACACGGUGCAGAGCCACCUAGCAGCAGGGAAGCUCAGCCUAUCCAAUUUCGAGGACUCCACCAUGUCCACAGCCACUACCCUUGAGUAUAUCCCCACCUCAGCAGGAGACCCGAAAUGCCAGCGUCCCCGCACGCUGAUGCGCCAGCAGAGCCUCCAGCAGCCGCUUAGCCAGCACCAGAAAAGCAACCACAGCCAGCCCACCACCAGCCAGAGCCUGGGGCACCUACAGUCUCACACCAGCUCCUCUUCCAGCGGCGGCAACCCCCGGGGCCGGAGUGGCCAGUCACGGCAAGGGGUCUCGGCUGGCUCCAAGCACCGGACGGCUGGCGGCCGGAGCCGCUCCAACCCCGGGAGCUGGGACCACGUGGUGGGGCAGAUUCGCAACCGAGGCUUGGACGUGAAGUCCUUCCUGGAAGGCCGGAUGGUGGUGUUAUCCCUGGUUCUGGGACUCUCGGAACAGGACGACUUUGCCAAUAUACCCGAUCUGCAAACCGCUGGGAACCAGCAGGCGCAGAACUCUCAGGGGGACAAGAGGUUGCCGUCUGGAGGCAAGAUGGUGAACACAGCCCCUAUGCCUGGGCAGACCCAGCAUGAUGAGUCUGACCGCAAAACGGAGCCUCGCUCGUCUGUCUCGGACCUGGUGAACUCCCUGACCAGUGAGAUGCUAAUGCUCUCCCCAGGCUCUGAGGAUGACGAGGGACACGACAGCUCCAGCAGGGAGAACCUCGGCCGAAUCCAAUUCAGCGUCGGCUACAACUUCCAGGAAUCCACUCUGACUGUCAAGAUCAUGAAGGCUCAGGAGCUGCCAGCCAAGGACUUCAGCGGCACCAGUGACCCUUUCGUCAAGAUCUACCUGCUGCCUGAUAAAAAGAACAAGCUGGAGACCAAAGUGAAGAGGAAGAACUUGAACCCGCACUGGAACGAGACCUUCCUCUUCGAAGGUUUCCCAUACGAGAAGGUGGUGCAGCGGGUGCUGUAUCUCCAGGUUCUGGACUAUGACCGCUUCAGUCGCAAUGACCCCAUCGGAGAGGUGUCCAUUCCACUCAACAAGUUGGACCUGACCCAGAUGCAGACAUUCUGGAAGGAGCUGAAACCCUGCAGUGAUGGGAGCGGAAGUCGGGGAGAACUCCUCCUGUCCCUUUGCUACAACCCUUCUGGUAACUCCAUCGUUGUGAAUAUCAUCAAAGCACGGAAUCUGAAAGCCAUGGACAUCGGGGGGACGUCAGACCCUUACGUCAAGGUGUGGCUGAUGUACAAGGACAAGAGGGUGGAGAAGAAGAAGACGGUGGUAAUGAAGCGGUGCCUGAACCCAGUCUUCAACGAGUCCUUCAUCUUUGACAUCCCCACCGAGAAGCUGCGAGAGACGACCAUCAUCAUCACCGUCAUGGACAAGGACAGGCUGAGCCGGAACGACGUCAUUGGCAAGAUUUACCUGUCCUGGAAGAGUGGCCCCGGCGAGGUGAAGCACUGGAAGGAUAUGAUCGCCCAUCCCCGGCAGGCCGUGGCACAGUGGCACCAGCUGAAGGCCUGA